AUGACUGCGGAUCCCUACGAGAGAGGUCUGGAAGGGGCUUGGAGGGAAUUCCCUUUUGAUAAAGUCGAUACUCGGUCUUUCUAUUGGUAUGGACCAAAGGUUGGAGACUCGACCGACAGGGCUUGGAGACAAACCUGUGACGUCUCUGUAGAUGAUCAAUUCAAUGAAGAUGAGACGAUCAAAUUUGAACUCCAAGAUAAGAAGGCGGGAUUCAAAGGUCCGAAAGAUAAACAUGCCGAGAUCGUAUGUAAAGAUUCGAUCUGUACUGUUCCCAAUGGAGGGAAAUGCGAAGGAGAUUAUGUGAUUCCCGUCGUUGAUUCAGUAAGUUUGAUUCCCGUCCCAAGUCAAGUCGAGACUGGUCGAAGGGAUUGUUCUGCUUACGCAACACCUGAUUAA